AUGGCGUCGCGGUCGUCAGUGAACCGCCCGCCGACGCCGGAGCCUGAGGGGCGAGUGGGGGGUGGAGGGGAGCCCACGUCGCUGCGACAAGUGGUGGACGCUAAGCUGUUGGAGAGUGGGGAGAAGGAGCGAUUAAAGACGUUGUUGCAGGACAGAUUGGAGGAGUGUGGGUGGACGGACGACCUUUUGGUCUACGCCAGAGCAUAUGUGAGCAAGGUGGGACAUGAGAACGUCUCAUUGGAGGAGCUUAUACGGGCCAUCACACCCAAAGGCCGAGCAUCUGUGCCAGGACCAGUGAAGGCGGAGCUGCUUCAACGCAUUCAGUCCUUCCUCACUACCAAGUGA